GUCUGCGUCAGUUGUUAUAUUACUAGGCAUCGUUGACUGCAUAUCCAGGAUAAGUCCACAAUCCCGUUCACAACUUCAAGCUUGCUCUUCACCUUCUUUUCAUUCUGGCCUACAGAUUGCAAACAUGGCCAAGAUCAAAUCGGUCGAACACUUCCGCGUUAAGCCCCGAUGGCUUAUGGUAAAGAUAUGCGAUGAGGCUGGCGGCUAUGGUUGGGGUGAGGCAACAUUGGAAGGACACGAUAUGGCCGUUGAGGGCGCAUUAGAUGAGAUGAUCAUGCGACUGAUCGGGCUCGAAGCGAAGUUGGUAGAUUUCUGCUCCCUUCAUCAGCGCUAUGGGCUGACAGGUGCAGCAACAUUGAAAACAUAUGGCAGAUGUUCUGGAGACACGGGUUCUAUCGCGGUGGUCCUGUCUUCAUGUCGGCCCUCUCUGGUAUUGAUAUCGCUCUAUGGGAUUUGAAAGGCCGAACAUUAGGCGUUCCAGUAUACGAACUUUUGGGAGGCCAGGUCCGACACAAGGUCCAGGUCUACGCGUGGAUUGGUGGCGACCGGCCAAAGGAUGUCGAAGUUGCAGCAAAAGCUCGUAUCGCACAGGGUCUGAAAUGCGUCAAGAUGAACGCCACCGAGGACGUCAACUGGGUCGACUCGCCAAGUGUACUAGAGGCAACAGUCGAGCGCCUGAAAACCGUCAAGGCCUUGGGUCUCGAUGCUGGAUUAGAUUUCCACGGUCGGCUGCAUAAACCAAUGGCAAAGCAAUUAGCCAAGGCCCUCGAACCAUAUAAGCCGCUGUUCAUCGAAGAGCCCUUGCUGUGCGAACACCCGGAAGCAAUCAAGCAGCUCUCAGACCAAACAGCUAUUCCAAUUGCCUUUGGUGAGCGAUUAUACACGAGGUGGGAUAUUAAGCGAUUUCUCGAGGAUGCAUCCGUCGAUAUCCUCCAGCCAGAUAUUGCACAUGCGGGUGGGAUCUCGGAAACGAAGAAGAUUGCAAAUAUGGCCGAGGCAUAUGAUGUGGCCAUUGCACCUCACUGUCCGCUGGGGCCAGUAGCAUUUGCUGCGUCUCUCCACGUCGCCCUAUCGACGGCCAACUUCGCGAUUCUGGAAAUGAGCCUUGGGAUGCAUUAUAAUACCGAGGCCGGGGAUAUCGACUUGCUCACAUAUCUUAAGGAUCAAAGUGUGUUUGAGAUUGAUGACGGCUAUGUGAAGGCGCCGACGGGGGCAGGCUUGGGAAUCGAGAUUGAUGAGGACUUGGUCCGAAAAAUUGCAGCUGAGACACAGCCGUGGCAGUGUAAGGAGUUCUUUGGGCCUGAUGGGGGAAUUCGCGAGUGGUAG